UCCCUGGAAGUGCUCCAGGCCAGGUUGAAUAAGGCUUUGACCAAAUAGAACGAGUGGGAGAUGUCCCUGCCCAUGGCAGGGGUUUGUGCCAGGUGAUCUCUUCCUACCCAAACCAUUCGGUGGGUUUGCAGUUGUAAUAAAUAACAAAACACUACAGAGAAGCACACGGUGUAAAUGAAGCAGAGUUCUGCAAACAGUACCUAUGUGAAUUAAAUUCAUUAGAUCAAUCUGGGUGAACUGAGAGGUUGAAAUGAUGGCUCUAGGUCUGGAAUUCAAAAACCAUCAAUUCAGGAUAGGUUGCAUUUGUGUUCCUAACAUUUUGGGAACGCCAGUUUUCGAUUGUAGUGCCAGCAGCAUCUUCAGAUCUUGCUGCCAACCAGAGACUAACUUUCAGUGGUUUUUUAAGCAUUCCUUUGCCUCAUGUAGAACAGUAGCUUCCUGCUGCUGGGAAUGUCCAUCCUGCUGGGAAGAUGGUGAUGUGAAUUCCCUCCUGCAGGACUGAGGUGACCACAGGUUACUAUUCCAGGCUGGUCCAGGAGCUGCUGCUGAAGCAUUGCCCAGGAGUUGGGGGAUCAGCAGGGUGUCCUGCUGCACAGGAGAACUUUGUGCUGCUUGGAAAUACCAGAACUGGAGUUUAGGUUUCAGGAUAAGGGAUCUGUGCAAGUAAAAGCAUCUCAGUCUGUUGACAGCAUUUGCUUUUGGGAGUAAAGCUGCCAUUUUUACUCGGAAGUGAAAGCAUCAGCAUGUUGUGACUCCUCAUGGGUUGGCUUCUCAGACUGGCUCAGACGUGCCCAGAGUCAGUUUGGGUUGCCAGCCCAGACCUGGCUGCCAGGCUGAGCCGUGCUGGCUCAUCUUCAGGAUGCUUAGCUCAGCUCCCCAGGCAGGCGUCUACUGCUCUGCAGUGCUCUGGGGAAGGAAAUGCUGGAGCAGACUCGAGGCAGGUCUGUCUGCACAUGGUUUAGACCUACUGUUAACUCGAUUUGUGCCUUAACUUUCCUGAGAACUUGGCAGCUAAACCAUUUGUGAAUUAACUUCUUUAUUCUUGCAUAAUUGUACACAACAUACUGUGGAAAAACAAAGUAAAUGACUUUCAGCUUUAAAAUUAAAUGUCUAUACUUGUAUGAAAGAAUUAUUUUUAUUCUAAAUAAGCCAUAAAGUUUGACAGCUUGCUAGAAAUCAAAGCAGAAUUUUGGCAUUUUGGUUUUUAAACUGGUACACUUUAUAAGUUUUAAGAUUGUAGAUUUAGUAAUUACAUAGCAUCAACAGAAAGGCCUAACAAUAUUCCCUGUUUUGUAAACUGUUACUGUUGAAGGAAGUGUAAUAAGAACACAGGUUUCUGAUCCUGGCCUCUCUCUCCACCUCCUUCUGCACCUUGCCCUCAGUCUCUUAAGGCUGAGUUGUCUUUUUAAAAAAAUAAUUUUCAGCUCUUGCUACAGAAGACCACUUGCCCACAGGUUCUUUGUGUGGGUGGGUUCCUGCAUUGGUAAUGAUCCAUUGGGUCUCAUCACAUGUCCUUUAGUACAAACUCAGCUGUGGGGUGUGAGCCUCUGUGAGCAAUGGCUCCCAGUAGAGCCCUUUGGAGUUUGCUGAGGUUUGAGAGAGGACUGGGGGCAAUCAGUGAGCCCCUGAAGCCAAAGCCGUUCCCAGUGUACUUUGAUAUCCCCCUGGAUAAGGCAAGAGCUGCUGCCCUGGGCCUGUAUCUCUUGAGGUUCUGUUGCUAGCUGAUUGUUCUGCAUCUCUCUCCUCUUGGACAGGAAAAUGCCCAAGAAAGGAGGGAAGAUUGCUGACGUGGCAAAGGAAUCACAGGCACAGUGUAAACGGCCCAAAUUGGACACAGCUGGUUCUCCUUCAGUCCUGAGUUUUGAGAGCCCAGACAGCCUCUUCAGGAGCCUGAUCUCUCCCAUCAAAGAAGAGGUGUUUUUCAGGGAGUACUGGGAGCAAAAGCCACUGCUUGUUCAAAGAAGUGAUGUCCUGGUGGCAGCUUACUACCAGUCCCUGUUCCAGCUGGCACACCUGAAGGAGCUGUGCGGCCAGGGCCUGUGCUAUGGGCGAGAUGUGAAUGUCUGCAGGUGUGUGAAUGGGAAAAAAAAGAUUCUAAAUAAAGAAGGUAGAGUCAAUUACAUGCAGCUGAAGAAGGAUUUUGACCAGAAAAAGGCAACAAUACAGUUUCAUCAGCCUCAGAGAUUUAAGGAGGAGCUGUGGAAGAUUCAGGAGAAGCUGGAGUGUUACUUUGGGUCUCUGGUGGGGUCCAAUGUUUACAUCACUCCCCAGGGGUCUCAGGGCCUUCCCCCUCACUACGAUGAUGUCGAGGUGUUCAUCCUUCAGCUGGAAGGAGAGAAGCACUGGCGGCUCUACAAACCAACGGUGCCUUUGGCUCGUGAGUACAACGUUGAGCCAGAAGACAGGAUUGGGAGUCCCACACAUGAAUUCAUAUUAAAGCCAGGUGACUUAUUGUACUUCCCAAGAGGGACUAUUCACCAGGCUGACACUCCUCAGGGGAUCUCCCAUUCAACACAUGUGACCAUCAGCACCUACCAAAACAACUCUUGGGGAGAUUUCUUACUGGAUGCAAUUCCUGGCCUGGUGUUUGAUACAGCAAAGGAGGACAUGGCACUGAGGACAAGCAUUCCAAGGCAACUGCUCAUGCAGGUGGACACAGCUGACUGCACCAAAAAGCUGAGCAGCCUUCUGAGAAGGCUUGCAGACAGUCUGGAGAACUCCAGGGAACUGAGAUCAUCCGACAUGAAGAAGGAUUUCAUUCUGCACCGGUUGCCGCCAUGCUUGGGAUGUGACUCUGAUCCUUUGACUCCAGGUGGGAAAUUGCCAAAAAUAGAUAGCAAAAUCAGACUGCAGUUUAGAGACCAUGCUAUCAUCACUGUGGAACCAGAUCAAGAGAAUGCUGAUGAAGUUCGCAGGGAGAUGGUUUAUGUGUAUCAUUGCUUAAAGAACAGGAGAGAAACUCACAUGAUGGGGACAGAGGAUGACGCUGCCAGUGAGGAUGGCCUGACACAGACUCAUGGGCUGCGGUUCCCUUUGUCAUACUUGGAUGCACUGAAGCAGAUCUGGAGUAGCAGCACUGUUAAUGUUAAAGAGCUUAACCUUACCUCAGAUGAGGAGAAAGAAAACCUUGCCUUGUCACUCUGGACUGAAUGUCUGAUUGAAGUUCUUUGAUGCUUUUGUGAAUUAGCUGCUCCUGGCUAUUCAGCAUCUCUUGAGAGCAAGGGUUAUUAAAUCAGUUUUUAUAAAUCCA